AUGAUCAGCUCCAAGAAGCUAGCUCAGUUGUCCAAGAAGAUGCAGGGAAUGGGUGCAGUUGGGAGAAGAAGGGUCACAGCAGUGAGAAAGGAAAUCAACCCAUCUUGCAGCAGCAUAGUUGCAGGAAAGGGCAACUGCAUCGUCUACUCUUCUGAUGGGAAGCGGUUUGAGAUCCCCCUUUCUUACCUCCACACGGCAGUCUUUGUAGAGCUCCUGAAGCUGUCACAGGAAGAGUUUGGGUUCACAAGUGAUGGGAGGAUCACACUGCCUUGCGAUACAGCAGUGAUGGAGUAUGUGAUGUGUUUGCUAAGGAGAGAAGCCUCUGAAGAUGUUGAGAAGGCGCUCCUCAGUUCCAUAGUGAUGCCUUGCCACCACACAAGCAGGAUGGUGCAACCACCCAAUGGAGUGAACCAGCAAUUUGCUGUGUGCAGCUCCUGA